UGGGGGAGUGACUCAGGCCCGGAACGUUUUGUUGGCGGUCGCAGUUCGGACCCGGACGAUCUCACUCGCCUCAGCCAGCCAGCCAGCCAUGGAGGAAUACGCACGCGAGCCGUGUCCAUGGAGGAUAGUUGACGAUUGCGGAGGAGCCUUCACCAUGGGCGCAAUUGGAGGAGGAAUUUUCCAGUCGAUUAAAGGCUUCAGGAAUGCCCCAGUGGGGGUGGGACAUCGCUUCCACAGCAGCAUCAGUGCCGUGAAACUUCGGGGACCACAGAUUGGAGGCAGUUUCGCGGUGUGGGGAGGACUCUUUUCCACCAUAGACUGCGGCCUGGUGAAGAUUCGUGGGAAAGAAGACCCGUGGAACUCCAUUUCGAGCGGGGCGCUCACGGGCGCCGUGCUGGCCGCACGAAGUGGACCGGUGGCCAUGGUUGGCUCGGCAGUCAUGGGUGGCGUGCUGCUGGCCCUCAUUGAGGGAGUUGGAAUCAUGCUCACAAGGUUCACAUCUACACAGUUCCAGAAUGGCCCUCCGCAGUUGGUUGAGGAUCCUGCUCAGCUACCACCACCACCUGCAAACCUCCCUGCCGCGGGCUUCGGUGCUUAUGGCCAAUAUCAAUGAAGAUGUCAUGAGAAAGUAGCAUCGAGUAAGCCAGGCCAGCCAGCAGGGGCAGCCUCUUGCCUGUGAGCCAUUCGUUUUAAAUGAAUUAUAAACCAAGCUGCAAGUUAAUUGGCAGAAUGAACCUUCACAUGUUUCCCUAUGUGCCCACACUCAGAUGGCUUCAAUCACGUUGGUUAUGGAGAGUUUACUGUGAAGAGUAUUUUUCGUUUUCAAAUAUGGGCACUGAAGAAGCCGCGUGUGGCAUUUUUGACAAUUUAAAUUGAGUUAAAUUGCUUGACUGGUUAUUGUUUUACUAAGUGUGGAGUGUAUGAUGGGCUGAGUGUAGACCUUAUAAGUGGUUGAAUUGUCAAGGUGAACUGGUUUGUAUGUCAGUCUUAUUCUUAUUGUGGACCAAGAGUAAGCUUUUGAGAACAAAAUAAGCCUAGGUUUAAGUGGCAAUUGUGCACUCAUUAGUCAUAGAUUACUUCAACAGAUGAAUUUGGCCUUUUAAUACAUUACUGCCUUUGAACUUUUACACUCUUUGUUGAAAUUAUUUCAUUGGCACUUCAAAACAGCAUAGUUCACUAUUGGUGGGAAUGUCUGAAGAUGGUAGUAUUUACAGUUGUAACAAAUACAAGUUCAAACUAAUUGUUUUAAUUUAAAACAGCAUUGUUUAGUAUUUGCAAACAUUUGAGGGUUUUAUGUAAGCCUUUCAGUGUCAGAAUAUAUUUUUCAUGUUUGUGAUUAUUACUAAACUGUUAGGUUUUAGACUUUAGCGACAUUACAGAGUAAUCCAUUUGAAUAAUGGUGCAUUACCUGCUAGCUGAAAAUCUCAAAGCAAAAGUGACGGCACUGAUAUAUUGUGCUUGGUAACGUCUACAUUUGUGUUCCAUUCUCGUCACGUCCUAAGAAUCGUGUUCAGCCCUUUGUCAAUCCACUGCUAGAUGAAUGCUGUGGCGGUCAUGGGAGGUUUUUUGACCAUACUUCACGCUCGUCGUUAAAGGUUGAUGAAGUUGAAUUGCCCAGGACUGACUUUUGUUUCCACCUUGUUAGUUAUCCUAGCCGUGCUUGGCCAGGAGUAAAAUUCGAGUCACCCACCAGGUUUUCGUCGCGUAAACCACUGGGAAUUAUAACUGAAAUGUAGAGCCCUUAAUGUAUCCUAAGUUGAUGCAACAUUGUAAAUAUUGCUAUAUAAAAAUAUAUAUACAAGUAAACUUCUAAAAAGCAUGCACCUGCUACAAUAUGCAAGCCACUUACUAAAUUCUAGUGGUUUGCAAUAAACGAAAAGUCCACAACCAUCAAGUAGAAGCCCCAAUUCACCUAAACCCAAGUUCCUUAUUUAUGAUGGACAAUGGUACUCUUGUUUAUUUUAAGGAGUAACCUUUGGAAUUUGGGCUUGUGCUUUAAGGUUGUCAUGGACCAUAUACUGUAAUAAGUACUGCGUGUGUACUUUUGUUUAAAACUGUGUUUGGACGAAAACUAAAGCUUGCAGAAAAAUGUAUUACAUUGACACGAUUUACAAGAUUGAUGUGUUUGUUUAGGUUUGGUCAUGUGCAGUCGUAUUUAUAAGGCAAGAUUUAUCUCACGUGUUCAAAGUCAACAAAAAAAGUAAGGGGACAUUUAAUUUUCCUGAAUAAGGGAAACAAAAUAUACUCUGCAGCCAUGUAUGUAAUGUUACUACCACGAUUGAAGAGUUAAAUCAUUGCUGGAGUUUAUACCGAUGAACCGUAUAGAAAUGUACAAUACACGUACGUCAAAUGUAAUAAAGUAACGGGCGUUAUAACC